AUGCUUUCUUUAUUCACGGCGAGGGCCAAUACACCUUGUCGCACUAUCGCAGCUCUCUCGGAAGCUUCUCUCAGCCUAAGAACGCUUUCGCGGCGUGCACAGCAUCCACAAGCUUUGUGCUCGGCCUCCUCACGUGCUUCUUGUACCUGGAGUCGCGAUGACGUCAACAUAAGCCGACGUCCCGUAGUACACACACCCUGGAAGCAUUAUGGGAUCCGUCCUGCUAGUCUAUUCAGUACUUCGACUACACGAAGACUGAAGCUUGAAGAUGAAGCAACAGGUUCUCCAGCUUCAAGAAGCGGUACGGAGCCUCAACCCGCCACUGCUUCCGCCAAACUAGCUACAACCUUGAAGUCAACCCUCAAACUCGACAAACCGCGUCACGAACAAAUCUACAACCUCCCCAACAUCCUCACCUUUUCGCGACUCAUAGCUACUCCUGUAGUCGGAUAUCUAAUCAUCCACGAUCAACACCUCUAUGCCUUCUCUCUCUUCGCCUAUGCCGCCUUCUCCGACCUUCUCGAUGGUUGGAUCGCCCGCCGCUGGAACCUCCAAACAGUUGUUGGCAGCGUUGUUGACCCAAUGGCCGACAAACUCCUAAUGACAACAUUGGUAACUUGUCUGGCAGUCAACGGGAGCCUUCCAAUGCCGCUUGCUGCACUGAUCCUCGGAAGAGAUGUCAGUCUGGCGGUGAGUGCGUUUUACUACCGGUACGCCAGUCUACCGGCACCCAAGACCAUGGCAAGAUACUGGGACUUCAGUUUGCCAAGCGCGGAGGUGCAUCCCACUACCAUCUCAAAGUUCAACACCUUUCUGCAAUUGAGUCUGUUGGGAACGCUACUCUGCACAAACUUGCUGCACGAUCCUUCAGCGACAACGUCCGCAGCUGGUGGCUUACUUUUGUCGAUCCAAGACAUACUAGGAGGCGAAGAAGGCGUCAAAACAAUGAUCCAGGGCAUGUCAGCCAUCGUGGCCAGCACGACGAUGUACAGCGGCCUCGAGUACACCUGGUCCAAGAAAGCAGUCGUCAUAUUGGGCGGCGAUGAAGCCUUGAAGAGGAAACAGGGUUUCCGCGGCAGGAUGAUCAUGGCGGGCGGCUUUGGUUCUUUCAUUGCGCUUGCAGCGUAUUUGUGGUUCAACGGUCAGGCUGAGGAGGACUUGAAGAAGGAGGCAAACAAAAAGCUGGGUACCAAAAGUGCAUGAGCGUUGUUAGUACGUCAUUGUUGUAUCAUAAGAGAUAGUAUCCAUGAGGUAUUCGAUAGCAGAUACAAUGAUGCGAAAAUAAAACGGUGUGAAUCCACUCGCACAUUCCUCUACUCGGGAAUCCUUAACCACAUGCAGCGUCUUCAUCCCU